AUGAGUAACAGGCACCGUCUCUUUUGCACGCAGCAUCCAUUCAGAGCCGAAGUUAAGGUAAAGGCAGAAGGCCGGGAGCUCAUCUUGGAACUGGAGAAAAAUGGCAACCUCUUUGCACCAAGCUACACUGAGACUUACUACAGCCAGACUGGACAGCCCCAGACCACCUCUCUGACCCACGUGGACCACUGCUUCUACCACGGGGUCGUGCGGGGCUGGGAGCGCUCCAGCGUCACACUCAGCGCCUGCAGGGGGCUGCGAGGACUUAUCUUAUUGAGCAGCAAUUCCAGCUAUAUCUUAGAGCCAGUUCCCAACAGCCCAAACCAGCACUUGAUCUACAGGUUGGACAACCUGAGGUUGCAGAGAGGAGCCUGUGGCUACCAGGGCACUGGGGACGCAGCCAAGGACUGGCUCAGGGACUUCACGACUGGGAUGAAACCAUCUCGCCAGAGGGUGAAACGGGAGACUCUGCAGUCUACGAAGUAUGUGGAGCUUCUGCUCGUGGCUGAUUAUGCAGAGUUUCAGAAGCAUCACUUCAACAUUGAAGCAACAAGGCUUAAAUUAGUGGAGGCUGCUAAUUACGUAGAUAAGUUUUACAGAUCCCUGAAUAUCCGGAUUGCCUUGGUGGGGCUGGAGAUCUGGAGUAAUUGGAAUAAAUGUGAUGUAACAGAGAACCCCUACUCCACCCUGAAGUCCUUUCUGGCUUGGAGUAGCAAGGAGCGAGUGCACAGAAAACACGAUAACGCCCAACUCAUCACGGGUAUGCCCUUCCAAGGAACCACAGUAGGCCUGGCUCCUGUGAUGGCCAUGUGCUCGGAUUUCCAGUCAGGAGGAGUAAACAUGGAUCACUCUGAUAAUGCCAUUGGUGUUGCUGCUACCAUUGCCCAUGAGAUGGGACACAAUUUUGGCAUGAAUCAUGACUCAGAUGGCUGCUGUACUACCCCUGCAGAAGAUGGAGGCUGCAUCAUGGCUUCUGCAACUGGGCACCCAUUUCCCAAGGUGUUCAACCAGUGCAAUAGAAAAGAGCUGGAGAAGUAUCUGCGAUCUGGUGGAGGGAUGUGUCUCUCCAAUAUGCCGGAUACCAAAAAAAUGUAUGGUGGGAAGAAAUGUGGAAAUGGCUACUUGGAAGAGGGGGAGGAGUGUGAUUGUGGAGAGGCAGAGGAAUGCAAUAACCCCUGCUGCAACGCCAGCACCUGCUCCCUGAAGCUGGGUGCCGAAUGUGCCCACGGCAGCUGCUGUCAUCAGUGCAAGCUGAUGUCUCCGGGAACUCCCUGCAGGGAAAAAUCGGGACUCUGUGACCUCCCAGAAUACUGCACUGGCGAGUCACCAUUUUGCCCCCCCAACUCUUACCAAAUCGAUGGGGCUUCUUGCGAUGGAGGAAAGGCCUAUUGCUACAGCGGCAUGUGUCUCACCUAUAAAGACCAGUGCGUGCAGCUGUGGGGGCCUGGAGCAAGGCCAGCACCAGACACCUGCUUCGAGAAGGUUAAUGCUGCUGGAGACAUCUAUGGGAACUGUGGGAAGGACAUCUACGGCAACUACAGAAAGUGUGAGAUGAGAGAUGCUAAAUGUGGGAAGAUCCAGUGCCAGAGCUCUGCUUCCAAACCCCUGCAGUCCAAUGCGGUGGCCAUAGACACAACUAUCCGCACACAGAGGACGCAGCUGAGGUGCCGAGGGACCCAUGUGUACAGAUCUGAGAGUGAAGAAAAGGAGAUGCUGGAUCCUGGCUUGGUGUUGACAGGAACAAAAUGUGGGAGCCAUCAUGUUUGCUUUGAGGGACGCUGCCAGAACACAUCCAUCAUCUUUGAUUCUGAAAGCUGUAGCAAGAAGUGCCACGGGCACGGAGUCUGCAAUAACAACAAGAACUGCCACUGUGACCAGGGAUGGGCCCCCCCGUUUUGCAACAAGCAGGGGAGGGGAGGAAGCUUGGACAGUGGUCCCCCCGUGCCCAAAGGCCCUUCAGCGGUCGCAGUAACUCUUGCAGUCCUGGCUCCCAUUCUCCUCCUCAUUGGAAUCAUACUUUUAUUCUAUUAUCUGAAAUGCUGGAAUAAACUUGCCAUCUGUUCUCUAAAGAAGACACCGCAGUUCAGUGACACCUCUGGAAAUGGGCAUGCCAACCCUGCCUUCAAGUUGAAGACCCCCCAGGAGCAGAGGAAGGUGAUUGGCUUCCCUGAAAUCCCAUCAAAACCUCCUCCCCAGCAAGCUCCAGGGCUCCAAAUAACCACACAGCAGCCAUCUGCCUUCUCCACUGGCUACAGCUGUGGUGUGGGGCAGCCUGCUGGGCCAGCGUGGCCAGCAGCCACAAAGGAUGUGUCCCGGCGGACGCCCCCGAGCAGGCCAGCGCCUCCGGCUCCCAAACCCCCCGUCUCUCAGGAUAUCUCCAGGCCUCGGCCACCCCAGAGAGCUUUGCCAGCUAAUCCUGUCCCAGCCAGACCCCGAGUCUGGCCGGGGAGCAGCCCCCCUAUCUCGCUGCCUCCUGCGCACGCCAGAAACACAGGACAACUCCAGCCUGCGGCAGAGAAUGGUGUCGGGAUGGCUGGGGCAGUGAAUGUCUCGAAAGCAGGACAGCCGGGCUCCCGUGGACACUCAUGAAGCAGCCUGUUCCUGGCUGGCUCUGACCUUCAGAGGGGACUGGAUAGCCUUCAUCACCCAAAAACCCACUCCCAGCCACAGACAGUGUCUCAGCUCCUCUCCCCUCGCCUCACCUCUUUCCUAUGUGUCUCAGCAAGCUGUGGUCAGCCAGGCUCGGCAGGGAUGCCCCCAGGAACCGCGCCGGUACAUGCCACGCUGAACUCAACCUUCUCUGCUGAUAGCCUAUUCCAUAGAGGGGUGACUUGUUUAUACGGUAUUUAAAUAUUAUUGUGCAAUAUCCAAUGCAGGGAUGGGGUGAUGGGGACUUCACAUGUUUUUAAUCAGUUAUUUAAGUGUUAUCAGGGAGAAGAAGCUGCGAGUGCAGGUGCUGGCCCUGAUGGGCUUUCACGUAAAACCCAGCCCUGUUGGCUUCCUCGGCCCAUGCACGCAGCUGCAGGAGCAUACCUUGGUGCUAUACAGAAACCACUGCCUCUUGGGAGAGCAGAAGGCAGCCGUUGAUAACUUUCUUCAGCUUAUUCUCAGUUUACAGUGGGUGGCAAGUGGGGCCACAACAGGGAGCAAACCAUGGAAAUAUUCCUGGGUAAAAUAAUUUGUGGGUCACCAUGGAUUUUGAUUAGCUUUAACAGAGCAGAUUAAUUAUUUUUCCCUUAUAAGCAUCUUCAGCAAGAGCGUUGCAACCUGUCUGUCCUCCAGCACUCACCUCAGUAUCUUGCCUCAGUGCUGUAAGACCCGACAGCGUCCCCAGCGUCACCCGUGCGUUCCCAUCUGUGUCAUUGGGACACAGUCAAGGUACGACAGGGAAAAACUCUCUGGCCACGAUAACAGAGCAAGUGGCCAGAAGGAAGCUCAGCACAAGCCAGUGCUGAAACUUCCUCUCCAGCAUACGGUACCGUGGAUAAUCAGUAGACACUUGCACGUGUCUCCUCAGGCUUUGGUCCGUGCCGAGCAGUAAUUUAGCAUGGGCUGUCUGCUCCCCAUACCAGUGAGAAACCUACCUUAAAAUUGUGCAGGUGGUAAAACAGCAGAAAUAUUAACCUGACACAUGGUGCUUUUGUAGGGCAGCUCAUUCACUCCACGUUUUUUCUCCAGGACGUAGAUGGAGAGAGCUGUCUGUGUACUUUAAGCAGCUGAUGGUUCUGACCCUGAGGACCCUCCCUUAAGAAUUUGAUUUUGUUUUUCUUUCUCCUAACAGUUUGGGCUUUUGUACAUUUUUUUCUCAGGAUUUUAAAUUAAGACCUUUUGUUAUGCCAAUUUUUCUCUUUUUUUCCUUGAAAUGAUUUCCUAGGAGAACACAGGGAAUUCUGGAGCUAUGGUUACAACAGUUCUCUUGUGUCCCAUCUAUUAUGGACAAAUCCUCAGUCUGAUUGCUGUUACACAUAUGAGAAACUGUAUUAUUUGGCAUGAAGUAAAAAAGUCUUGCCUGAUGGUUUUCUUUCCCGAAGCUCUACUGAUUUGAAAAAAAAAAAAAAACAAACAGAUAAACCCUGAGCACUCAUUAAAUUUGUAGUUAUAUGUAGCGGUAUAGCUGUAGGAUGACUUAAACCACUGUAGUUUUUGCAACUUUACUACCUCUUUCUCCACGAGAAAACAGUACACAGGGUGUGUCUUGAAUUUCUGGUUGAUUAUUCCUUAUCUUGAUCAUUUUGGACCUUUUCUUAGCUUCUGUAUGCCUGUAAAACAAACCAACCUGAAAUACUUCUCUCUGAAAUAAGAGAUGGCAAGUGAAAGACAUCAGCUUUCUAAUCUUUACACAUCUUUUCCUAUAGUUGGAUUAUAUUACCUAUGAACAAUUUAUAUUCAAACAACCCCCAAAUCUGCUCUUUCCUGGGGUGCAGCGAAUGUGCCUAUGUCAGGGCCUGUUUUGCUGCUUACGGGUGGAGCAGAGCUGGGCAUGUACUGUACGUACACUGUCGUGGUACAGAUUCAACCACAAGAACUUGAUCUUGUAUCUGAGCCCUCGCUGAAGACAGUGGCAUACUUCUGCUACAGCCCCUGAUCUUUGUCAAACGGCCAUCAAAAAGCAGUAAGAAUAUUUUCACUGCAUUUCAUGUGAACAUGGGAUCAACCUUUUAAAAAACUCCCCCCCCCGCCCCAACACAAAAAACUCAGAGAAUUACUGGAUGUGCCCAAACCCUAAUGGAAAACUUCAUUGCUGAAGUCUCAAAAAGGUAGUGUUAAUUAAUUUAAAAUUUUCCUAUGUGUGCAAAUUGAGUGAAUGAUAAUAGGGGAACUGCAGGAGGAUUAAAAGAUGGUAAAACCUGAAUUCUUUGCAAGAUAAUGUUACUUGGGAGAACAUACCCCAAAAUACAUCUCACUUUCUCCUGUGUCCAUGUAUUAAUGGUUUACAAUAAUGCUCUCUGUGUAUCUAUGCAA